GCGUCAGGUGCUGGCCAGAGGGCUAGUUGGAUAGCAGCAGGGACAGGUCCUGGGUGUUCGGUGACACCAACAUUGAGGAUCUCGGGGAGGUGUUUCCUGGAGAUUCGAGCGAGGAUUUCUCUAUGUAGACAGUCUUUUCCAGAAGUUCUGAUAAAGUGAGGAGCGAGUGUAGAUGCAGGAUAGGACUUUGGGGUAAGGGUGAAGAGCAGGAUUUAAAAGCAGGAUGUGUGGUUAAAGCACAGGCUCUGGGGUCAGGAGUCCCCAUGCACUAUCUACAAGACCUUGGGCAAGUCACUCAACCAGUUUGUGCCUCACUUGCUGAUCUGUAAAAUGGGAAUGAUGAUGAUAAUGAUGAACAACACUUGUGCCUCUUAGGGAGCAUGUGAAGAUUAGACGAGGCGGUUAAAAGUACUCGACACAGCACUAAUGGUCAUUUUUCACUUUUAUGAUUGGAACAGCUUGUGUAUAUUUUGAUGCUCGUAUGGAAGAGCUGAUAGGGAGGCAUAGAAGACAGGGAAGAGAAAAGGGACUAGGGACAGAGGGACCCAGACCUUGGAUAGCGAGAUAAGUGCCAAUCUAUGCCAAAGGAAGGGAAAGCGAGAAUUGGUGGGGACGCAGGGCAGUUUGCAGGUUUGGGGUAUGUGGUUAAGGGAGGGGGUGCAUUUCCGAUGGUCUUUUCUCUGAGGUAGGCCUCAAGGUCAUUAGCUGAGAGGGCCAGGGCACAGCUGGCCCUGGUUAGGGGAGAGGUCCCAAUUUACACUGCAGUGGUAGGGUGCCAUGCCCUCUUUGCCAGGAGCCCCAAUACUGUUCCAGGGAAGGGGGGGCAGUUGAAUUUUCUAGGGUCAGACCUAACUUGCCCACUUCAGAGGCUCAAGUAAAGUUGAUGGAUAUGGAAACGCCAUGUAAGCAUAAUUUACCAUCUUAGUUCUGUUCCCUGAUCUUGAGGAGCUGGAAGGGCUGUGGCCACCGCUGGAAUUCAAUGUCAAAGCCUUCCAAGCCGUCCGCUUGGGCCGUGCACCAUGCCAGGUUUCCGCCCUUCACCUCAUUCACCAACACAUGGAUGAGGUUACUGAGACGCACUAUGAGGAAGUGACCUCUACCUGACACCCAAUGGCCAGCACAGAGCUAAAGCGCCUGGAACUUGCAUUUUUGGACCAGCCUCCAGAAAUCUGGGGAUUUCCACCGGGGCGGUGAGCACCCCCACCGAGAAUUCUAGGCUGCUUCAGGAUGCCAGGGAACACAGACAAGUCACCAGCUGUGACUGUGUGCCGCCAAAGUCCCCAGGGAGGAGGAGGAAGAUGAGGAAGCCCGCAGGAAGCAGCCCAAGAAUGACUGGACACUCCUUCAGUCACCAUCCAGGGGAUUUUUUGCACCACAAAGGGAACGGCGAGGAUCGGAGGUGUCCGAAAUGCAGAGGGGACGACCCCCAGUCUGGAAGCCCAGGAAGCCUUCUGUCUCAGGAGAAGGAUCACCCCGAGGUGGCUGAGGCUGAAGUUGGGUGCCCCUUUGCUGGUGUUGGCUGCUCCUACAAGGGGAGCCCAAAGCUCAUGCAGGAGCAUGAGGUCGCCUCCCAGACCAGCCACCUGAACCUGCUGUUGGCGUUCAUGAGACAGUGGAAGGCCCAGCUGGGCUCUGGCCUGGGCUCCGGGCCCAUGGCCCUGGAGCAGAAUCUGUCAGACCUGCAGCUACAGGCGGCCGUGGAUGUGGCUGGGGACCUGGAAGUCGACUGUUACCGGGCACCCUGCUCGGACGGCCAGGAGGAGCUGGCCCUGCAGCACUUAAUGAAGGAGAAGCUCCUGGCCGAGCUAGAGGAGAAGCUGCGUGUGUUUGAGAACAUCGUCGCUGUCCUCAACAAGGAGGUGGAGGCUUCCCACCUGGCUUUAGCAGCCUCCAUCCACCAGAGCCAGCUCGACCGUGAGCACAUCCUGAGCCUGGAACAGAGGGUGGUGGAGUUGCAGCAGACCCUGGCCCAGAAAGACCAGGCCCUGGGCAAGUUGGAGCAGAGCCUCCGCCUCAUGGAGGAGGCCUCCUUCGACGGCACCUUCCUCUGGAAGAUCACCAAUGUCACCAGACGCUGCCACGAGUCAGCCUGUGGCCGGACCGUCAGCCUCUUCUCUCCAGCAUUCUACACUGCCAAGUACGGCUACAAACUCUGUCUGCGGCUCUACCUGAAUGGGGAUGGGACAGGGAAGAGGACCCACCUGUCCCUCUUCAUCGUGAUCAUGAGAGGGGAAUAUGAUGCUCUGCUGCCCUGGCCUUUUCGGAACAAGGUCACCUUCAUGCUUCUCGACCAGAACAACCGUGAGCACGCCAUCGACGCCUUCCGGCCCGACCUGAGCUCCGCGUCAUUCCAGCGGCCCCAGAGUGAGACCAACGUGGCCAGUGGCUGCCCGCUCUUCUUCCCCCUCAGCAGGCUGCAGUCGCCCAGGCAUGCCUACGUGAAGGACGACACCAUGUUCCUCAAGUGCAUCGUGGAGACCAGCGCUUAGCGCGGGUAGGCUGGGCCAGCCACACCUGACUCCGCAGCCAGCUCCGCUGGGGGGUUAGUAAGAUGACUGAAGUCCUGCCCUUGGCGCCCCAGAUCCCAGGACACGAUGCUGCGCGGGGCUGGCAGGGUCUGAGCGGGACUGACAGACCCACUGCGGCCGGCCAUCGGCUUAGGUGGCGGGACCUGGGGCUGGGGCGUGGAUGGGGAGCAUAGGCGAGCUCUCCGGACGGACGGGAAGAUCUCUGCCCCGGGGCGGGGAAGACAUCGAGUCCGGGCUUGGAUUGAAGACCUUCAGUUUCCUUCCAGUCCAGAACAUCUCCAGUUCUGAGCCUCUGGCCCAGAAGAGACCUAGGACUUGCAGAGGGUUCUGGAAACAUCCAGAAACCUCAUGCCCGCCAGCCUCCUGACUCCCCUUCAGGACCCCCAGGUGGGCCGGGCUGGCCCCCACAGCACCUGCCACACUGGGUCUGGCAGCUCCGUUCCUCGCUAUGCGGGGGCCGCGCGGACCCUGCAUCCUGUGCCCGCACCCACACGGCCCCCCUUCACCUCCUCCGGGUGCAAGCAGGUCGCUCAGGUCCCAGGAGCAGCCAGAAGAAACGUGGAGAAGGAGGGGCCACAGACGCUCUGCUCUCCUUCCCUUGGCGCCCCGCCACCUUCGCACUUCCCUGCAUGUCACGUCACUGAACUAAGCAAGGUAUUUACUUCUUGACUGAUCGGGGCCUCGAGCCACCGAGCAGACGUUGUCCUUUAAAUAUGUGUAAAACCA